AUGAAAGGCACAACCCGACUUCUCUGUUGUAUCAUCGUACUUUUGUUUUCGUCUCCGUUCGUCUCUGCUACUAUCGGAUUUGGCACUUGCAAACGCUGCUUGCCUAUCGCAAUACACGAUGCCCCAGGCGUAGGCUUUGAUCUUACAGCAAGUUACGGGUCAGUUCCAACUCCGUGUGUGGCAACAAGCAAAGCUCACAUGUGUGACAGAGUAGCAAGCGUCAAUCUCUAUGACGGACCAAAGAAGGACACCGUUGGAACAAUGAAGGACAUUGUCAAGGUCGAAGCGUCGCAGGAGUACAAAGAUUUGAUUGUACGAUUAUCUACGGCCCCAGCACCUGGACAGGGAUUCGUUGGCUCCGCCAAGCGAUGGUUCAACGAACUGGUCGGUUAUUCAAAUAGCAAAGACGUUGCGAUUCUGAGUACUCUGAUUGCCCAGCUGAAGAAUAGUACAGAAGUGGAGCUGGGUGUUGACCUUCGUAAGAUAGUCGUAACGCAUCCUCGCUUCCCAGCUUUGACCGCCGAGAACAUGGGUAACGCUAUAAAACUCGCCGGCCUACAAUCCUGGCUCCAUGGUCCCAACGACAACCAUGCUCCGAAUCAAUUAAGUGAGAAUCGAGCAGCUCUUGCUGCACAUGGAUUCAAUCUCUGCCAAGAGGAAGGAUCUUGGAUGAUCUGCAUCGAAAAAAUGGAAGUCGAAGUCGGAGAGGUGAACGUCUACUUCGCAUCGCUCUCAAACGACACGCUUUACACAAGUUGGGACCGGUACUUACAGCCGUUCGAGUACAUCGGAGAUCACGAGCCGCACUUCUUCGACAGUAGAUCCGGUCUGAAGACGAUGGCUAAACAUCAUUCCGAUGAGUCAUAUUGGACUUCGAUACGAGAUAAACUCGUGCCAUGGGAUAUUGAAGGUCCCAUCUCGCACGUCUUUGUAGGCGGCGAAGCGGCGAUGAUGCCUGAAUUUCGAAAAGCUGUACACGACGCUUUGGCAAACUUUACUGUCCUGGAUUUUCAUGAUGAUGGAAUGGGCAACAACACUAUUAAGCCCGUUCCGCCAUUAUACGCGGCAUCUAGAGGUGGGGCUUUGCUUGCUAGAUGGCGACAGGAGGCGCCCAUAGGAUGUUGGGAGGCGCGGGAAUGUGCUGGUCGCAGGGCGCAGGAGCGAGAGGGGUUCUCAGUGGAGGAAGUUGUAUUUGAUAAGCUGCACUUUUGGACUGGAGGCGAAGUGAGGAAGCUGGAGUUGCUUUCUAGUUAUAAUAUGUCGAGUGAUGAUUAA